GCAUACAUAUAUAUAUCGUGUAUAUGACAUUUAUAAACAAGACGAUUUCAAGUGGAAUUUACUGUUUGCCUUCGAUGAGUAGUAGUUUCACCCUAUAUUUAUGUUCUACUUGAAGAAGACAGGAAAACUGAAUUACACAGUGCCUACAUGGUGUGUCUAGGUCAAGUAACACAAAUGGGCAUCCAUGUAUAUGCAUAUAUGUAUAUAUACAUAAAGAUACGCACAUGUAUAUACACACAAACACAUGUUAAUAUAUAAGUACAAUAUACAUGCAUACAUAAAUACCAUUUUUACCAUAAACCAACGAUCAGGUCAUGGGGAUUUUGAAGUGAAAUCGAUUAUUUGUCAGGAUAUGUGUGACACAAAUGUAAAACUUCUUUAUCAGUCAUUAAAACUGCCAUUUCCACUAUUCUCCAUUCAAAGAUUACAAUUCACAUUCUGGAAUUAAUAAUACGUACACAAUAAGAAUAGAAUACAUUACAAUUGUCUUCCUUUUUUUCCAAUUGUCGAUUAUAUAAUUCAGCAUUAUUUGGAAACAAAAGAUAUCCAACUAUACAAUCUCAUUUCAUGAGGGAAAAUGACCAUUUCCGGUGUAUUAUUCAAAGGAAAAUCAUUACAACCAUCCUUUCAUUUAAUUGGAGCCUACCUUGUAUUGAUAAUUCAACUAGUGAGAUCUCAAUCUGAUUUGGAUCGAUGUGCAAUAGUUUGUGCUCCGGAGAAAUGUCAAUGCGUAGGACCGCAAGGGAUACCGGGACAACCUGGUCCAAUGGGUGUACGCGGUUCCGAAGGGCUUCCAGGUGAUCGAGGUCUUGUUGGACUGAUUGGAACCCAGGGUGAGAAAGGUGAACAUGGUAUCCCUGGUGCAAUAGGUCCCCAAGGUGAAAAGGGUUUACCUGGUGAACCAGGCUAUGCCGGUAAAGAUGGUGAUAUAGGUCAUCCUGGUAUUCGAGGCAUAAAAGGCGAAAAAGGAGACAAUGGAUGUGAUGGUGAACCAGGGGAAUAUGGUGAACAAGGUGAUCCUGGUGAACCAGGGAGAGAAGGAAUACCAGGUGAACCAGGAAUUAAAGGUCCUAAAGGAUAUGUAGGUGGGUCACGACAAGGAUUAAUGGGUGAGAAGGGAGACCCUGGUGAAACGGGUCAACAAGGAGAAGAUGGUUUACCAGGACUUCCUGGAGAAGAUGGAGUGCCUGGUACACGUGGAGUUCAAGGAGAAGCAGGUGCUCGAGGUCUAAUGGGAGAUGUUGGUCCUAAAGGUGAAAGUGGAGUAUACAGUUAUACGAAUAUAAUUCCUGGGGAUCGUGGUGAACCAGGUGUACGUGGACAAGAUGGACAACCUUGUGAAGGUAUGGAUCGAGAGUUUACUGAAGAAGAAAUUAUCAGUUUUACAAGAGGUCAAACGGGAGAGAUAGGUUUACCGGGACCUAAAGGUGAUGCUGGAGAACCAGGUGAUACGGGUGAAAUGGGUAUACAAGGUGAAAUAGGAGAAAUUGGUGAGAAAGGUGAACCUGGUGAAUCUGGAAUAGAUGGUGAUCCAGGAGAAGAUGGUGAUAUUGGACCGGUUGGACAACCAGGAAACUUGGGUGCUGAUGGUCCAUCAGGACCGGAAGGUGCAAGUGGUGAAAAAGGUGAUCGAGGUCCACAUGGUCGUGAUGGCCUACAAGGUGAACAAGGACAAGCUGGAAUACCUGGGAAAGCCAUUUGUCCAAUCGAGUUUACACCUAAAGGUGAAAAAGGUUUACCAGGUCAUUUUGGUGAAAAAGGCUUUCCAGGUGAUCCUGGUUUACCAGGUGAACAAGGCGAAAAAGGUGUUCCAGGAGAUGAAGGUAUAAAAGGAGUUAGAGGAAUUCAAGGAAAAAUUUGUGAAGCUGGUCCACAAGGUCCAAUGGGUCAGAAGGGUUGGUAUGGUAGGAGUGGAAUUCAAGGAGAUCCAGGGGUCGAUGGAGAUCCAGGCCAGGCUGGACAAAGAGGAUUACCUGGAGAUGAUGGUUUUGGUCAGUUAGGUGAGGUAGGAGAUGUUGGUGUGGAAGGUUUUCGUGGUCCUAAAGGUGAAUCUGGAGAUGAAGGAGAACCAGGAGAGAAGGGAUAUGGAGGAGAUAGUUUAGUAGGUCCAGUUGGUGCACGAGGUGAACCUGGUGAUAGUGGCGCUGAUGGACAACCAGGGAAACAUGGUGAACCUGGGCCUCCAGGUCCUAAAGGAGAACCUCUAGCUGUCUGUCCUUUGUGUAAAGAUGGCGAAGCUGGUCCUCAUGGAGAAAUAGGUGAUCAGGGUGAAAAUGGCGAAAAAGGCGCAAAUGGAAUACCAGGUGAUAGAGGUGAUCCUGGAAGAUUAGGUGAAGAUGGAGUAAUUGGUCUACCGGGACCUAAAGGUGAAAAAGGUCGUAUCGGUGAUGAUGGUUUCGACGGGGAUCCAGGAGAUGUUGGAGAAUCUGCUAUCGUGUCUCGAGUUGUCGAAAGUAUUAUUCCUGGAGAUGAAGGCGAUGAAGGUCAUGAAGGUAGUGUGGGUGAUAUUGGUGAACGAGGUGACGACGGUGAACCUGGUCCUGAUGGUGAUGAAGGUCCAAAGGGACAGGCAGGUGUAGAUGGUGAACAGGGACCAAUUGGUGAAGUUGGAGAUGAUGGUGAAGAUGGUGAAGUGGGUGACAUUGGUGAAGAUGUUAAAGGCUUAGUUGGUCAAUUGGGUGAAAGAGGCGAUGAAGGAUUAACAGGACAAAAGGGUGAAAAAGGAAUAGCUGGAGUGAUGACAAAUUGUACAAUUGAUUGGAGGCAAAUAGUAGCUCAAAAUGAAUCUGAUUUAAUUGGUGAUCGUGGAGAGAAAGGUGAUGAUGGUGUUGUUGGUGAAAAAGGUUCUCGAGGCAUAGAUGGACGAAAGGGUGAAAUAGGCCAAACAGCAGCACCAUCUGAACGUGGUGAUACUGGUCCUCCAGGUCUUGAUGGUGAAAAAGGAGAACAAGGGUUACCUGGUAUUGAAGGCCCUCAAGGUCUACAAGGAGAUCCUGGAUUAACUAUCGACGGCGAAGAAGGUGAUAUUGGUGAACAAGGUCUUCAAGGUCCGAAAGGAUACAAAGGAGAAGAAGGUGAUAUGGGUGAUCCUGGUGAUUCACCGGAACUUCCUAGAGGUGAGACUGGUCCUCCUGGUGAAUCCGGACCUGAAGGUGAAGAAGGAGAUCCAGGCGUUCCUGGUGACAAAGGGGAACCUGGAGCUGAAGCUGGUAGACAAGGUGAACCUGGUAUUUCUGGAGAGAAGGGAGAUAGAGGACCCCAGGGUCCAACUGGUCCAAAAGGAGAACCUAGCACAAAUAUGGAGCCAGGUGACCAAGGUCCACAAGGUGAAACUGGUUUAAUGGGUGUUGAUGGAGAAAAAGGUUUGAUUGGGGAGGCUGCAGAAUGCAAUGAAGCUGGUUUGUUUGGGGAUCCAGGCCCUGAAGGAGCAGAAGGCAAAAUCGGCCAGGUUGGUGAUGACGGAAUACAAGGAGAAGAUGGUGAUCCUGGACCAACAGGAGAACCAGGUCCUGAUGGCGAACCUGGUGAUAUUGGGGAUGUGGGACUUCAAGGUAUUAUUGGUCCCAUCGGAGAAAAAGGUGAACCUGGUGGUGUAGGAGAUAUAGGUGAAAAAGGUUCUACUGGUUCAGAAGGUGAAGUAGGAGACACAGGUCCACAAGGUCCUCAGGGUUCAGAUGGAACUGAGGGAGCAGUUGGUGAUGUUGGGCUAUCCGGGCAGUCUUUAGAAGGGGAACAAGGAGAUGUUGGUCCAGAAGGAGUUCAAGGAGAGCUAGGUGAGAAAGGUGAAAAAGGUCCAUAUGGAGAAGAUGGUGAACCAGGUCCUACGGCUGAAGAUCUUCCAGGAAUAAAAGGUGAGACUGGAGAACCCGGGAAAGACGGUGAACUAGGUGAGAUUGGACCAGAUGGUGCUGAUGGGGAACCUGGACCAAAAGGUGAUGAAGGUGCUAUAGGAGAACCUGGACCUAAGGGCUCACAAGGAUCACGUGGUAAAAUUGGACCAGUUGGCGAAGAAGGUCGUCAAGGAAAUCAAGGAAAUAUUGGAGGAGAAGGUGAAAUUGGUCCAGAUGGAGAAAAAGGAGACAAAGGAGAGCUGGGUGAGGUUGGUCCACCAAGCAAUACAACUGCUGGUCUCAAGGGCAGGGAAGGAUUAGUAGGACCUCAAGGAAUGGAAGGUGAAGUUGGUGAAGAGGGGGAACAGGGAGAAAAAGGUUUAUCAGGGGAAGAGGGUGAUCAAGGUGAUGAUGGACUACUUGGAGAAAUCGGUGAAGUAGGAGAAACUGGUAUACAAGGUGAUAUGGGACCUCAAGGUAAUGAAGGUCCAUUGGGAGAUCAAGGCCCUGAAGGUGAUGUUGGAGAGAGAGGUGCAUAUGGAACAUACGGUGAGAAAGGUGAACCAGGUCUUCAGGGAGAUCCAGGUGUGCCAGCUAAAGACUGUCCUGAUGGUAAGAAAGGUGAACAAGGUCGAUUUGGUCCACCAGGGUUGCCUGGACUACAAGGACCUUCAGGAGAUCAAGGAUUACCUGGACUACGUGGAAAAGAUGGUCCACCAGGCGUUGGAGUAAUCGGUGCACCAGGAGAGCCCGGUGAUAUUGGACAUGUCGGCUUACCUGGAGAAGCAGGAGAACCCGGUGACCAAGGCCCUGAAGGACCUUCUGGUUUAGCUGCACUAACUGGAGAACAGGGAACAAAGGGGGAGAGAGGACUGCCUGGUGAUGUUGGUGACCAAGGACCAGAUGGUCUUCAAGGUCCUCCUGGUUUUGAUGGAGAAAAGGGAAUCCAGGGACCACAGGGUGCAGUGGGCAUAGAUGGUAUAGAUGGUAUUGCUGGAGAGAAAGGAUUUACUGGGAAUCAAGGUUUAUUCGGUGAUCGUGGACAAACCGGUGAUCAAGGUGAAACCGGUGAAGAUGGUAUCACAGGACCGAAGGGAACCCCAGGAAUUGCCGUGACAGGGGAACUAGGAGAAACGGGUGAUCCUGGAGAGUCCGGGAUUCCAGGAGACGAAGGAGAUCAAGGGGUUGAUGGAGAGGUAGGAGAAGAUGGUGAGACAGGUGAGAAAGGAGAAAAAGGUCAACCUGGACUAGUAGAAGGUGAAAGAGGUGAGCUGGGAGAUGAAGGAGAACGAGGCGAGAUUGGAGAAGUAGGACCUCCAGGGCCAAUUGGUGAAGUUGGACCUAAGGGAAGAAGUGGGGAAAAGGGGCAACCAGGUCAAACAAAUUACUCCUCUGUGCUUUUUGCUCGCCACUAUCAGACACCGUUUGUUGAAGAACUUACAUGUCCGACUGGAACAAGCAAACUGUUUACCGGUUACAGCUACGUUAUGGGUGGUGGUGUUGACGAUCUAGUCAGCAUGGAUUUGGGUACACCAAGCUCAUGUUUAUCCAAGUUCAGUUCACUCCCUAUGACUCAGUGUGAAAGGGAUACCACCUGUCAAUCAAGUAUGCGACAUGAAAGAUCCUAUUGGUUAGCUACAUUGGUACCACGUUCUGAACAGCCGAUCCCAGUAGAUCAAACAGCAGAUCAAAUAGCUAGAUGUGUAGUCUGUGAAGCUCCAGCGCAUGUAUUCGCUUUCCAUAGUCAAGGGGAAACACUACAACCAUGUCCAAGCACUUGGACUGAAUUGUGGACAGGUGUCAGUUUGAUACUACAUACUUCCGGUGCUCAUGGUGGUGGUCAACAAUUAUCUUCACCUGGUAGUUGUAUGGAGCAUUUUCGUUAUUCUCCAGUUAUUGAAUGUAAUAACAAUGUAGGCAUGUGUCAUUAUUGGUCAGAUGCAAAAGUUUAUUAUUUAAGAGCAUUAAAUCCAAAUAUUACACAAUUUGAAAAACCAGUAGGUUUUGUUAUGAAAGCUGCUGAAGGACCAGUGUUGAAUAAUGUUAGCAAGUGUAGAGUUUGCAUGAAAAUCCCUGCUUAAAUUAGGUAGAAUACACACACACACACACAUUUAUGGCGUAUAUAUAUAUAUAUAUAUAUACUUUGUGUUCUAUAUCAUGGAAAAACAGCAUAGAAACGAAACAGAAAUAUUGUCUCAAUGGAUACACUUUUAUCCUCUUCUUUUAUUUUCUUGUUUUCUAUUGCUUCUUAUCACUGUUUUCCUGAAAAUUAUUUGUUUUUUUAAGCAUAGUAAAUUGAAACAAUUUUCUUUUCUUCAAUACAUAUAUUGUAUCGUUUAAUUAAGUAGGUAAAUAAUAAUAAUAAUAAUAAUAAUAAUAAUAAUAAUAAUAAUAAUCCCUUUUAACUCCUGUGAAUUGUUCAAUACUAAUUUACCUAGCAAAAAAGAGACUCUAUAUUCUUGUUGCUUUUUGCUUAAUUGUUUUAAUGUUUAUUGUUAAGAGAGAGAAAACGAAGAGAAAAAAAAUAGUCUAAAGCGCCAUAUUCAGUCUAAAUAAUGUGACCUAUGAAAAUCUUUUAAUCCUUUUUGUAGUAUUUCUAAACACAUCUAUACAGAUUCUUUAUAUUAUGAAAGAGAUGUUGAAAAAUUCAUGUUUUAUUACCAAUAAAAAACUUUUUAUUUAAGCAGACAAGCUUGUUUUAAUCAUUCAAGAAUGUGUGUGUGUGUGUG